GCCCGGCGCCCCAAGGCGCCGGAGCCGGGGCGCACAGCCGGGGCGCAGCCCGCGCCCCCCGCAGCGACUGACAUGAUGUUUCCACAAAGCAGGCAUUCGGGCUCGUCGCACCUACCCCAGCAACUCAAAUUCACCACCUCGGACUCCUGCGACCGCAUCAAAGACGAGUUUCAGCUGCUUCAGGCUCAGUACCACAGCCUGAAGCUCGAAUGUGACAAGCUGGCCAGUGAGAAGUCGGAGAUGCAGCGUCAUUAUGUGAUGUACUACGAGAUGUCCUAUGGCUUGAACAUUGAGAUGCACAAGCAGGCUGAAAUUGUCAAGAGGCUGAACGGGAUCUGUGCCCAGGUCCUUCCCUACCUUUCCCAAGAGCACCAGCAGCAAGUCUUGGGAGCCAUCGAGAGAGCUAAGCAGGUCACAGCUCCAGAGCUGAACUCCAUCAUCCGACAGCAGCUCCAAGCCCACCAGCUGUCCCAGCUGCAGGCUCUGGCCCUGCCCCUGACCCCACUGCCCGUGGGGCUGCAGCCACCUUCACUGCCUGCAGUCAGCGCGGGCACUGGCCUCCUCUCCCUGUCUGCGCUGGGCUCCCAGGCCCACCUCUCCAAGGAAGACAAGAAUGGGCAUGACGGUGACACCCACCAGGAGGAUGAUGGCGAGAAGUCGGAUUAGCUGGUGGCCGAGAUGGGGAGGGUGGGGGGACAAAGGAGACAAGAUACACAGAGAGAGGAAUGUUCACCACAGACAGUAUAGCUCGGGAUUGGCUAAACUCCGGUAGUAUUUAUGGUAGCUGCUGGGGCCUUAGCCCUGCUUGUGUGCCACCCCAUAGCUUUGCUCUGGCUCCCAGCCUCCCCCCUCCUCCCCCCGCAGCCUGAAUGGGUCAAUACCUGCUUAUACCACAGAUAAGGCAAGCUGAGGCCUGGAGACGCAAAUGGGAGGCCAGGUCAGAAAGGAGCAAAACCUCAAGAAGUCUAACACCCCCUGCACUUCCCCAUAUCGCACAUGUGUAACUGACAGUCUGCCCGCUGGGCCCCCUCAGGGCACACCCUAGCCUCCCACCCUGGCACUGCAUGCAAACACAAUGCUAGCUGCCCCCUCCUGUCCUGGGCACCUGUCUCCCUCCACCUCCCACCCACUCACCUCUGCUAGUUCCAGAUGCCCAUGCCCACCUGGUCCUCUCUCCUCGCCCACCAAGGAACGAAAGUUCAGCUGGGAUGAGCAGGGUGGGGGGUGGGUGACCCAAGAUUCCCCUUCUUCCUUUCCCGAAUAAAGAUGAGGGUACUCGAGUUGUCUUGGUUUUUAUUUUAUUUUCUUUUUCUUUUUCCAGUAUACUAGCUUGUCUUUUAAGAAAGGGAAUAUUAAAAAAAAAAAGAAAGAAAAGUGUUUAAAAAAAAAAGCAACACCCACACCUGUGUCUGUAUAUAGCCUUUUAGACUGUCAGCUUUUGUUGUGUUCAGUCGUUUGAACUCUGCAGAGAAGUGAAAAUGCUGUAUCGAGGGUGGGCUUAGCUGUGCCUUUCAAAUAAAGAUGUGAGAAGGUUG